CCUCAACUGCAGCGGGAGCCGGAGCCGCCCAGUCACUACCGGACCAGGGCCGCUGGGGUCCGGACGGGGGUCGCCAUGAUCCGCUUCAUCCUUAUCCAGAACCGGGCGGGCAAGACCCGCCUGGCCAAGUGGUACAUGCAGUUUGACGACGACGAGAAGCAGAAGCUGAUCGAGGAGGUGCACGCCGUGGUCACCGUGCGCGACGCCAAGCACACCAACUUUGUGGAGUUCCGGAACUUCAAGAUCAUCUACCGACGCUAUGCUGGCCUCUACUUCUGCAUCUGCGUGGAUGUCAACGACAACAACCUGGCCUACCUGGAGGCCAUCCACAACUUCGUGGAGGUCUUAAAUGAGUAUUUCCACAAUGUCUGCGAGCUGGACCUGGUGUUCAACUUCUACAAGGUUUACACGGUGGUGGAUGAGAUGUUCCUGGCCGGUGAGAUCCGGGAGACCAGCCAGACUAAGGUGCUGAAACAGCUGUUGAUGCUGCAGUCGCUGGAGUGA